ACUAUGUCGGAGGAAAUGCUGCUUUAAUCGGACAGAAAUUUGCAGCCAACCCAGAUUUAAAGAAUCACUGCAGGAAGUGGAUGAGUUCCACCUCAUCUUGGAGUAUCAAGCAGGGGAGCAGUGGGGCCCAUUAAAAGCGCCCCAUGCCAACCGCUUCAUCUUCUCUCACGACCUCUCCAACGGGGCCAUGAACAUGCUGGAGGUGUUCGUGUCCAGCCUGGAAGAGUUUCAGCCCGACCUGGUGGUCCUCUCGGGGUUGCACAUGAUGGACGGACAGAGCAAGGAGCUGCAGAGGAAGAGACUGCUGGAGGUUGUCACCUCCAUUUCUGACAUCCCCACCGGGGUUCCCAUCCAUUUGGAGCUGGCCAGCAUGACCAACCUAGAGCUGAUGCGCAGCAUCGUGCAUCAGCAGGUCUUCCCUGUGGUGACCUCCCUUGGGCUGAACGAACAGGAGUUGUUAUUCCUCAGCCAGGCAGCCUCUGGUCCUCACUCUUCUCUCUCCUCCUGGAGCGGUGUUCCUGAUGUGGGCAUGGUCAGUGACAUCCUCUUCUGGAUCUUGAAAGAACAUGGGAGAAGUCAGAACCGAGCCUCGGACCUCACCAGGAUCCACUUCCACACACUGGUCUACCACAUUCUGGCAACCGUGGACGGGCAUUGGGCCAACCAGCUGGCGGCUGUGGCAGCUGGGGCCCGCGUGGCUGGGACACAGGCCUGUGCCACAGAAACCAUCGAUGCCAGCCGAGUGUCCCUGCGGGCACCCUGGGAAUUCAGCACGUCCCACUUGGAGGCCGGCUCCAGGAUCACUGUAAACCCCAGCAAGCCAGUAGUGGAGUGGCACAGGGAGGGGAUAUCCUUCUACUUCACGCCGGUCCUGGUGUGCAAAGAUCCCGUGCGAACUGUGGGCCUGGGAGAUGCCAUCUCAGCCGAAGGACUCUUCUACUCCGAAGUCCAUCCUCAGUAGGAGGGCGAUGGGUAGGGACAGCCUGCCCGAGGCAGGAGAACCGGCCAACUGUAGAGUCACAGAAAGAGUGGUUUGGAAACCGGGGAUUCAGGUGUCAGAGGGGUUUCUAGAUUUGAUUGGAGAGCCAAAGAGCAACAACAGCAGGUUAGACUACCAGCUACAUUCCAGCCGUUGGCAACCACACAGAAACAGUUCAGGUUUUAAUCACGGUUUUAGUUAUGUGCUAAUACAACUGGCCUUUUUUAAAUGUUGUGUGUCACAGGGGUGAGAACUUGAUUCCCAAAGCCCCCGUUUAUGCAGAGUCAUCAAGUAUCGUAAGCCAAAUGUCAUAAUCAGAGCAUGUCAACUGGAGACCACCCCCCCUCUGGGCCCCCUUGAGUAGCACGUGUUCGUGCACCACCCCGUCCCCAGUGGUUCUCAAUUUUCCUCCCUAGCACAGUGCUCACAGUGGGCUGGGGCCUUCCAUUCAGUGUUUCAGUGAAAACAGCUCAUGAGCUUACCUGCCCAGUCUCCUGCCCUCUUGACUUCAGACACAGCCACAAACAAGGACUCAGCUUCCUCGGGCAGCAGAGGCUGUGAGGCCAGGCCUCCCUCUGCAGCAGGCUGGGACACAGUGUGGCGUGCUGCAGGGCCUGUGGUCAGGGGCUCCUGGGGCCUGGACGCACACAGCCCAGCGCUAGACCAGCACUUUGCAGCGGGAGGCUGGUGCUCCGCUCAUUCUCAGCCUUGCCAAGAAUGUGCUCUGACGAUGACGGGGUCUGCGGUACCUGGAACAGAUGGUGUAGUGGCUGACGUGUCCACUGACAACACCACAUCCACUGAAGAGCCUCAGGAUCAUGAGUGAAUUUGUCAUGUUUGUUGUUUUGUUUUUUUAAUCAAGGAGAUGUCUGUGUGCUUUAAAAAAUAUUAAAAAUAGUUUACAUUUCA